ACCACGGUAACCGAAGCUCGGUCUGUUGCAGAGACAGUUAAGUUCGAACGGUUCUGGUUCCGUGAGAGAUCCAGCUGUGGAGAAAUAAACUCCUGGAGAGAGAAGAGAAGCUGCGGAGAUGCUGCUCAGCCAGAGGAGACCGAGAUGUCGAGAGUUUACCGGCCCGACGCCGCAUUCAGUGGCUGUGAUAGCAAAGUCGCCUCCAUUAAGGCCCAAAGACCACCUGAUCCAGCAGACACGGAGACAGAAGGAGGCCCGAGACCAGGUUCUGGAGUUCAGCAGAGACGUGCAGAGCUGCGACAUCAAGGCUUCAUGGCUAAAAAGCAGCGAGCGUCGCUUAGUCAGAGGAGCCGUGGAGAGACGAGUGCAAGCGGAGCUGCAGCAGCAUGAGGCUGACAUCAGCGAGAGGAGACACAGGCUCAGGCAGCUGCUGGAAGCUGAGGAGAAGCAGCUCCUGCAGGAGUUGGAGGAGAUGAAGGAAACAACAGUAGAGAGGCUGGCAAAGAUGAGGGAAAGAGCUAAAGUCCUGAAGGAGAAGAGAGAGAGUGAGCGAAUUCGGCUGGUUUCAGAGAAACUGGACCAGUUGUUCAGCGAGCAAUGUGAAGAGUUGAGGAGCAUCCAGAGCCAACGGCUUGAGCAGCAGGUGUGUCAGGAUCGUGCUGCUCAGAUAAGGCAGCAACAGGAGGAGCGUCGGCGGCUGCAGGAGGAGGAGCAACUGUUCGAUGAGCUGUGGGAGGCCGACCAACGAGCCAAAGAGGAGCAGGAGAGUCUGCGAGUCCAACAGCGACAGCAGAGAGACAAAGAGCACCUGCAGGAGCUGAGGGAGCAGAUGAAGGCUGCAGAAAGUAGAAGGCAGAAAGAGAAGGAGCUGAAGGAGGAAGAGGUCCGACUCCUGCAGCAGCAGCAGCAGAUGCAGCUCCUACAGGAGCAGCAACAGCAGCAGCUGAAGCUCCAGCAGCAGCAGAACCGUUGCUGGCAGCUGGAUCAAGACUUACGGCUCAAAAUGAAACGCCUGGCUCAGCAGCAGCAGGAGGAGCUACAAUUUGACAUGAAAAUCCUGCAGCAGAUGCACAAACAGGAGGCAUACCAGACACAGGAGGCAGCUCAGAGGAAGGCAGAGAUACGGGAGGAGCAGCGGAGGUACCGGCAGUAUCUGUCCGAAGAGCUCCAGAAGCAGAGAAGAGAAGAGAAGGAGACAGAGCUGCUGCUGGAGGAGAAGCUGAAGGAGACGUGGAUGAAACGGGACGAGCAGAGCCGGUUGCAGAGAGAGGUCAGAAACCGGGUUAUGAAGGAGGUGAUGGAGGCGCGCCGCCUUCAGAUCCAGAGCAAACUGGAUGCAAACCUGCAGAAACAAGUUGAGCUACAGAAGGAGAAGGAAGAGCUGAGGCGAGCUGCAGAGGAGGCAACUCUGCAGGAAAAGGAGGAGAGAAGAAGUCGCAGGCAGGCUGCAGCAGCUUAUCAAGCUGACCUGCAGGCUCAGAUGCAGCAUCAGCAGCAGCUCUGCAGCGCACAGCAGGCUCAGACUCUCAGAGAGCACCAACAUGGGCUGAUCCUGGAGCAGCUCUACAGCCACAGGAGAGACCAGAUUCUGGACAAAAUGGAGACCUGCUCCCAUCCUUUCAGGAGAGCGCUGAUGACUGCAGACACCAAGAGAGGAACUCCACACAUCCAAACUUUACCUAAAAAACCGUGAGCUGCAGAACAAGCCAAUAAUAAAUCCUGAUAGAAGUCCAAUAAAGUCCAACUGAGUUCUACAGGG